UAUUUUUCAGUGUACUCACCCCUCAGACACGAAGGCAACUGUCAGUAAUGAAAAUUUAAGCAAGUUUGGCAAACACAAAUAUGAAAUUAACCAUUUUGUUUAUCGUUAUGCAGUUGUUGACGCUGCAGGUUAUCCGAGCGAACGACCUUUGGCAGGACCAGCUGCAGAAGGAGCAGGUGGAGGGGGAGCAACGCCAGGGGGUGGCUCUGCACCAGGAGGUGGUACAUCCUUGGCGCACACCAUGCAUGCAACAAUGUGUAAAGGACAUGGUUCCAGCCACAGAUCGGUCAGCGGAAUGCCAACGAUAUGAGCGUGCAUUCGACUGUUCACUAUACUGCGUUUUCGAAGUGCCGAUUUAUUGAGAUAUGUAUAUCCUGUGAGCAUAAUAAAUACGUAUGGGACACAGCCAUUAAGCCCACCAUUUGACGUGUGCAAACACA